CAGGAAAGAACAAAAUUAUACAUUGUAUGUCAGCUGUUUCGUUGUAACUGUGAUUCGAUGGUUUAUCUACAUCAAGUGCAUGUUUAUUGUUGAUUCUUCAGCUGUAUGUGAACGAUAAAUUGAAUGUUAACUGAAUAUUUACUUAUUAGUUAAUUUAUUUUUUGAAUAAAAACAAAUACUUUAUUAAUAUUUUUAAUAAGCUAGAAAUCAAUUUCCGCCAUUGCGCAAAAGCGUAGUUGUGAACACUUGAAGACGAUAAAAAAUAACAGCUGCAGGCAUUAAUUUUACAUCGAUUGCAGUUACUUAGUAAAGUGUUUUUGUGAUUUUGAAAGUAUCCUGUGAAAAUUAUGGCACAACCAACAAGCAGCGCAUUACGUGCACUCGCUUUGGAAUACAAAAGUCUUCAAGAAGAACCAGUUGAAGGUUUCCGUGUAAAACUUGUUAAUGAGGACAACAUGUUUGAAUGGGAGGUUGCAAUAUUUGGCCCUCCCGAUACUCUUUAUCAGGGUGGAUAUUUUAAGGCACAUAUGAAGUUUCCACCAGAUUAUCCAUAUAGUCCACCGAGUAUUCGCUUUAUGACAAAAGUCUGGCACCCAAAUGUUUACGAGAAUGGAGAUUUGUGUAUUUCAAUUUUACAUCCACCAGUUGAUGAUCCACAAAGUGGUGAACUGCCUUGUGAGAGGUGGAAUCCAACUCAAAACGUUAGGACGAUUUUACUAUCGGUCAUUUCACUCUUGAAUGAACCCAAUACAUACAGUCCAGCAAAUGUUGAUGCUUCAGUAAUGUACCGACGUUGGCGUGAUUCCAAAGGACGAGAUAAAGAAUAUGAAAAUAUUAUUCGGAAACAAGCUCAAGCAGCAAAAAUGGAAGCUGAAAAAGAGGGAAUUGUUGUUCCAGUUACCCUUGAAGAUUAUUGUAUAAAAACCCGUGCAAGGCCUGCUGAGCAGCCCUUAGAUAUGACGGAUUUUUAUGACGAAGAAUAUGGUCUUGAUGAUGAUGAUGAUGAUGAUAAUGAUGAUGAAGAUAAUGAAAAUGAUCAACAAAGCGUGAGUGAUUAUGAAGAUGGUGAUGACAGUGGUAAUGGCGAAUCGUGAUCAAUUCCAUAGUUUUAAUAAAUAGAAUGAUACACCUUUACUAAUAAGUUACUUAUAAAUUAAUAUAUUGAUGAAUUAAUGAGUUUCUGAAUAUGACAUCUUAGAUUGUGGA